AUGACAUAAUAAACUCAUCUUAAUGGGAAUACAAAAACGAUCAGCUAAAAGCGGUGCACAGAUAAUUCACAUUUAGGAAAUUAUAUUCCGUCAAAUUCAACAAAGGUGUUGUUUGUCAAAACAAAAUAUCGUGCAAGUAAUACAUCAUGGUAUAUUUUUCUCUCUUGCUUACAGUGUGAUAUCUAACAAAACAAUUCUCCUUUCUGUUUAAAAUAAUAUCUAUUGCGGCUAAUGCCAUUUCAGGAUAGUAAUGGCAGAUUUACACAAUUAUGAGAAAUCAAAUAUCCAGUGUUCUACAAAAAACACAUUGUAAAUCAGGUAAUUAUACAUGUAAAUACUGCAACAUCGAAAUCUUCUUUUAUUGGAAGGUGGGGUGGUUUAGUGGUAGAGACUGCUGGUAUGUGUUGUCGGCUAUGCCGUAAGUAGUGAGUUCGAGGCCCGGAUAGUGUACACAUAUACAUAAACAAAACUGUGUCUAUCUUAUUAAAUAUUAUACAUUGUUUUACUUAUUUUUUGGAAAUACACAUCGUGUAAAAACUAAGACAUAGUAUAUUUUUUUAUUACAAGAAAGAAUUCUACUUAUAACAAAUAAUGGAUGACCCUAAGAGAUCAUUAAUGGACAAUAGUAGCCAUUUAACUACACAGAUCACUUAAUACGUGUAUUUAAAGAAUACCGUCUCUUGUUACGCGCUAUAAGAUAUUUUAAACAAGCAGGCUACCAGCCCUCAUAUACAUAUAUGCUGCUCGCUUGAUGUGUUCAGUGACCGGCAAGUAUAUUGCAAACCAACAAUGGUGCCGGGUAUAUUACUACUCUGGUCAUGAUAUCGGUAAACAUUGGUGUGUAUUGGAUUAUAUGAACACUUGUCAUUUUGGUAAAUAACGCUGGUACCGAGGAAACGUUUGCCAUCCAGUCGGUAUAACUAACGGUGGUGCUGAGGAUAUGUCUAAAUAAGUGUUUCCGGCAAAAUCUGAAAUGAAGAAAACGACUUCGUACAUGUGUAUAGGAAGUUUGGCAGUCCUGAUUCUGAUGUCGCUCAUGACUGGGUAUACAAUGUCAAUAACAACAUGGCUGCCAUCCGUCACGUCCAAUUAUCAAGAAAGUGUUCAAACAAGCAAUGAUUUGUUACCUGGCCCACCGGUUACGACAGAAACGCCCCGGUUGAAGGGAUACAUUGUUUAUGAUUGUGGUGACCAGAACCCGGGACCCUGUGGGAGUUGGUCAGAGCGCAUGUCUGGCAUGUUCAGUGCCUACGUCAUUUCCGUUUUACUAAAUAAACAUUUCCUCAUAAGAUAUACACGAUCCUGUAAUUUGACAGAUUUUCUUAUCCCGAAUUCAACUGACUGGAGAUAUAACUCGUCAAUACUAGCAGGAAGGUCUUGGGACUAUCAGAACUUGGUUUCCAAAACUCCAAGUGCCAUCAAGAAAAAUAAUUUAAAAAGUCUUCAUAAUCUUUUCACAAAUGACGUAAAUUUUGUGCGUAUGAACUGGGAUUACACCAAUUAUUUUAGAUAUUUUGAAAAUUUACCUCGUGUUAUUCCAUGGGUGCUAGAAUUACACUUUGCUGAUAUUUAUUUACAAUUUUUCAACACACUUUUCAAACCUACAAAGGUUAUCACUGAAGCAGUGGAUAAGAUUGUACAAAAUGUUACAAAACUUGCAUGCGCUCACAUCAGUAUGGAAGGAAGUAACACAAAAAUUGGAGGUGAAAAACACAGGGACAAGAAACAGCUUAAACACGUCUGGAACUUGUUAAAGACAAUGACAAAGAACAAUUACAGCAUCUUUGUGGCGACAGAUGCACAAUCCGUGCAGAAUACGGCAAAAGAGCUAUUCAAAAACCUCCUGGAAACCAAAGGACGAAUCGUAAACACAGACCGACAUGCUAGUGGAGAUGGAUCUGUCAGUGCUUUCAGAAAAACUGUACUGGAUUUUUUUGUACUCACAAAAUGUGAUGUUCUAAUACUGACAAACAGUGGGUUCGGAAUGAUGUCUGCCUUCCUGAACAACAAGAAUUCGACUCUAUACUGCCUUACGCCGCACGAGGUCCUGCCUUGCUCCCGGUACACCAUCCAUAGCUUUUAUCCCGAUGAAAUACUUUCCCCUGUCUAGUGAUUUCUAGUGCAUGCGAAUCGCAGGAAUUAAUGUAUCAAUUCAUAAAGGAAAUCAGAAAGUAUCACUAUGAAGUACGAUACUGCUCUGAACACGCUUAUGACAUGCUUCCCGAAUUGACUGCAGUUUCAGUUAUACUUAAUUGUCAUUUUAUGUCAAUGUAGUCCCAAAAGAAAACUAGAAUGUGAUAUUCAUCAUGAUUAUAUAUUUUGAGAAAGAUAGUUCGAGGGUAAAUAGUGGCAGCCAAGAAAUAAACUCGUUGCUUUGUUGUUGUUGCAACAGGCCAAUCAAUACAUUGGCGGCACAGGCCUUCUUCCCUAACCAUGCUGCUGAUGCGGUACUUUAUGGUCCAUUUUUGUAAUGUCAGCCAGUUUGGAUAGUUCGUUGCUCUACCCUUUAUCCAUACGCUUAACCAGGUUGUCAAUCAGUUUACUAGUAAUGCUGGCUCUAUUCAGGGAGUGUCUAAAAUAAGUUCAACAUGGCUAUGCAAGUUUAGGUUUCCAAUAUAUGCAUAUCGAGUGUUGAGCAAGUUUAAUAUGAAAAUUCAUAUUUCGUGCACCAUUUACUGCAAAGACGGAUCUCUAAAAAAACAGACUUUUUGCUUUCCAAACAUUAAGUAGACGGUCUACAUACGUGUAGACUUUCGUUCAAGAUUAUCAAAUUACAUAUAUAAAAAUAAUCUACAAACUUGUACACAUC